AUGGGGACAUCGGUCGGGGACGACAUGGACUACAACCCAGCAGUUGAUGAUGAAGAACCCUCAUACGACGAAGAUGAGAACAUUGACGAUCAACGGGGAAAUAUUGUUGAGUCUCAUACCCCGUUGAUGAUUGAAGUGGACACUACAGAGUAUUUUCGAAAUGAUAUCGAAUUCCAUAGUAAAGAGGCUGUUGUUGAGUAUGCAAGGAAAUGUGGCCGUAGGCAUGGGAUUGUUAUGGUUGUUAAGCGAUCAGAUGUGAAUGAUCUGAAUAGAAACCCUACGAUUUUAUUUGGAUGUGAGCGGAGUGGUGGAUACAGGGCAAAAUGCAAGCCUUUGAAGAGGAGAUCAUCCACAAAGAAAUGUGGAUGUCCAUUUUCUCUAAAAGCUUAUGUAUCAGAUGCUGCAACUGGAUUAUGGAGCUUGGUUGUUGUGAAUGGGAAGCACAAUCAUGCUUUGGUGAAAUCUUUUGAACGCCAUUCAUAUGUUGGGAGACUAAGUAUAGAAGAAAAGGAGACAGUGGAGAGGCUAAGCAAGUCAGGGGUGAAGACAAGGGAAAUACUAAAUCACAUCAAGCUCAAAGAUCCAACAAAUGCAUCAACUAUGAAGACAUUAUACAACGCAAAGACUGCUUUGAGGAUCACUGAGACAGUUGACAGGACACAUAUGCAGCAAUUGUUCAAUUUAUUAACUGAGAAUGGUUAUGUUACAAGACAUCGUUCAGACACAACAAGUGAGGUGGUUUCAGAUUUGUUCUUCUGUAACUCUACUUCAGUCCAGCUUGCCAGAGCUUUUCCUUUGGUGUUCAUGAUGGACUGCACUUACAAAACCAACAAGUAUAGACUUCCUCUAAUGCAGAUUGUUGGAGUGACAUCUACAAAGAAGACUUUCUCUAUAGCAUUUUGUUAUAUGAGUGCUGAGAAAGAAGACAACUAUGUUUGGGGUCUUAAUUGCUUCAAGGACUUGUUUGACACAGUGUUGGCAGGUGUUUUCAUUUGUGAUAGGGAAAUUGCAUUGAUGAAUGCUCUGAAGAUUGUUUUCCUGGUUCAAAGAAUCUGCUCUGUAGAGUUCACAUAUCUAGGAAUGUCUUGA